CAAUAACAGCGAGAGGAUAAAACGAAACUCGGAUCCGCUUCCUGUCAGACCGACAGUCCGCGCGACCAGCAAUAACGCUGAGUUUGAACCCGCUCAGACUCGGUCAGCGUGUCUGAGCUUAACCCGCAGUGAGGGCUCGGACUCAGAGUCAGACUCACACUCGGUCAGCGCUCCUGAGAGGCUGAGAUGUCCGAGCCGAGCGCGGAGGCGAAGCUGGAGCCCAAACAGGCCAGUAAGGAGGAGAAGGAGAGCGAGAACGUGGCCGAGAAAUACUCCGCAAUGACGGGGAGCAGAAACAGCGACGCGCCGCUCGGAGAGAUUUCCGCUUCAAAAGCCGCCAAAAAGCAGAUCCAGUUUGUUGAUGAUAAUCAGGAGUUCAGUCGUUUUCCCACCAAAACAGGCCGACGCUCGGUCUCCAGAUCCAUCUCGCAGUCCUCCACUGACAGCUACAGCUCAGCCGCCUCGUACACUGAUAGCUCUGAUGAUGACGAGUCUCCGCGGGACCGAGUGCAGCUGAACUCCGGAGGCAGCAGCGACUUCUGCGUCAAAAACAUCAAACAGGCGGAUUUCGGACGCAGAGAGAUCGAGAUCGCAGAGCAAGGUAUGUCUGCUCUGAUGGCUCUGAGGAAAAGAGCUCAAGGAGAAAAGCCUCUUGCUGGAGCGAAGAUUGUGGGCUGCACUCACAUCACUGCACAGACUGCCGUCCUGAUUGAGACGCUGGUGGUGUUGGGGGCUCAGUGCCGCUGGACCGCCUGUAAUAUCUACUCCACCCAGAAUGAAGUGGCAGCAGCUCUGUCUGAAGGAGGUGUGUCAGUGUUUGCAUGGAAGGGAGAAUCGGAGGAUGAUUUCUGGUGGUGUAUCAACCGCUGUGUGGAGGGCUGGCAGCCCAACAUGAUUCUGGAUGAUGGGGGGGAUCUGACUCACUGGGUGUGUAAAAAAUACCCAAACACCUUUAAGAAGAUGCGAGGCAUUGUGGAGGAGAGUGUCACUGGAGUCCACAGGCUGUAUCAGCUUUCUAAAGCAGGUAAACUGUCUGUUCCAGCCAUGAAUGUUAACGACUCUGUGACCAAACAGAAGUUUGACAACCUUUACUGCUGCAGGGAGUCGAUACUGGACGGACUGAAGAGAACCACCGACAUGAUGUUUGGGGGGAAACAGGUCGUGGUGUGUGGAUACGGAGAGGUUGGUAAAGGCUGCUGUGCGGCUCUAAAAGCUCUGGGAUCUGUUGUGUUUGUCACUGAGAUCGACCCAAUAUGUGCUCUGCAGGCCUGUAUGGAUGGUUUCAGAGUGGUGAAGCUGAACGAAGUUGUCCGCCAGGUGGAUGUUGUUAUAACCUGCACAGGGAAUAAAAACGUGGUGACCCGAGAGCAUCUGGACCGAGUGAAGAGCAGCUGUGUUGUGUGUAAUAUGGGUCACUCCAACACCGAGAUCGACGUGGUGAGUUUGAGGACUCCUGAGCUGACCUGGGAGAGAGUUCGCUCUCAGGUCGAUCAUGUGAUCUGGCCCGAUGGAAAGAGGAUCGUUCUGCUGGCCGAGGGUCGUCUGCUGAACCUGAGCUGCUCCACUGUCCCAACAUUCGUCCUGUCAAUCACAGCAACUACGCAGGCUCUGGCUCUGAUAGAACUGUACAACGCUCCUGAGGGUCGAUACAAACAGGAUGUUUACCUGCUUCCAAAAAAGAUGGAUGAAUACGUGGCCAGUUUGCACUUACCAACAUUCGACGCCCACCUGACCGAACUUACUGACGAACAGGCGAAAUAUCUCGGACUGAGCAAACACGGCCCCUACAAACCCAACUACUACAGGUACUGAUCAGCAGCUGGACGAGUGAAUUAGAAGAUUUUCAAUGGAAACAAAGUUGUUGGUCAUUUUCCGUGUAAUUUUUUCACUGUAUUGAUCAGAUUGAUUGUAUGAUAUGGAUUGCUAAAUCUUUUUUACACAAUAUUUUUACAAUUAAUAUUUUUUGAUUUCAUGAUAUUGAUUAAUUAAUCUUUUCUAUACAAACACAAUAUUUUUACAAUUAAUAUUCUUUGAUUUUAUGAUAUUGAUUAAUUAAUCUUUUCUAUACAAACACAAUAUUUUUACAAUGAGUCAUUUCUAAACACACUGGGGGGCGCUAAUGAGCACACAGGGAAGAGUUCACAGUGAAAACAAACACUUAAGAGUGCAGUGUGUUUUAUUCAGAGUUCUACAGUGACAUGUGGUUUAUUGUGGGGAAACACCGGCAGCACCGUAGAAGUCCUGGAGGUUGGACACCGCGGUCUGGUGCAGAGUCAGGAAUCUGUAUGGCAUGAAGUGGAGAGAGAGAGGGAGGGAGAGAGGGAGAGAGAGAGAGAGGGAGGGAGAGAGGGAGAGGGAGAGGGAGAAAGAGAGGGAGAGGGAGAGAAAUCAGCAGUCCGUUCUCGCUGGCUGUGUGGACGUCAACGACUCGCCCUUAUAUGGGUCCAGACGCCUGGAUGGGAUCAAGAUGGCCAGCCAGGUGUGAUUGGAGGCUCCGUGCUGUAGCCAAGCAUCCCAGGCUGCCCGUAGCAUGGGUGCUGAACAGUGCUGGCUGUGUCCACUGCACAACACACACACACUGUUUAUAAACAUUUGUUACAUAUAAAUUUCUUAUUCUUAUGGAAAAUCCAGAAAUAAAGCAUAAAUCUGAGUCUGAAAA